GAGAGCCUACGCCGCAGCCGCCACUCUCUCUCUCUCGUUUUGCCCCAAUAUCAAUACCAUCGCCGCACCGCCAUGGCGGCGGAGGAGGUGGAGGCGGCGGCGAUCGACGGAUCCGGCGAGGAGGCGAAGCGGAAGAGUGGUAAGCAGAGGGGAUCGGGCGCCAAGGGGAGGCGCCGGAACGGCGACCGGGCUUUCCGCCCGCCGGCGAUGAGGCCGGAGGAAGAAGGGCGCGGUGUUGCGACGAGGCCCGGGGCGCUCAGGGAAAGGAAGCCGCCGCCCAACGCCUUCAACGCGCCAGACGAUGAUGAGGAUGUCGAGAAAACUGAUCAACUUCUCGAGCCUCUCAACAAGCCCAAAAGACGUGAUGCAGGGAAGAAGAGAGGACCCAGAAAAAAGAAAGUGGAUCAAGAGAACAUCAAAACCCACAGGCAUAACGCAAAUGCAGUAAAAGGCAAGAUGUUAGUCAAUGAUAAGGUUUCGAAGACUGAAAAGAAGCGUAAGAGAGGAGACACAGGAGCGGCAGAAAAUAAUGGGAAAGGGAAGAAAAUGUUGACAGGUGAAAACGCCUUAAUGUGUCACCAAUGCCAGAGAAAUGACAAAGGGAGAGUGGUCUGGUGCAAGACUUGCAACAAUAAGCGCUUUUGUGUGCCAUGCAUUAAUCAAUGGUAUCCUGAUUUGCCUGAAAAUGAAUUUGCUGCAAAAUGCCCUUAUUGUCGCAAGAAUUGUAAUUGCAAGGCAUGCCUGCGAAUGAGAGGUGUCGAAGAGCCUCCAAGAAAGGAAAUUUCUAAAGAAAAUCAGAUUCGUUAUGCCUGUCAUGUGUUACGCUUGUUGCGUCCUUGGCUGAUAGAACUGCGACAGGAGCAGAUGGCAGAGAAGGAAUUAGAGGCUAAGAUACAAGGUGUUUCAGUUGAUCAAAUAAAGGUGGAACAAGCUGUGUGUGAUCUAGAUGAGCGUGUCUAUUGCAAUAGAUGCAGCACUUCUAUAGUUGAUUUUCAUAGAAGCUGCAAGCACUGUUUCUAUGACUUGUGCUUGACCUGCUGCCAGGAGCUUCGCAAAGGUGAGAUCCCUGGAGGAGAAGAGGUGGAAAUUUUGGAUCCUGAAGAAAGAGACAAGGAUUAUGCUUUUGGUAAGAUUCUGUCAGAUGGUGAGAACCAAAGGGACUCUUUGAAGUGUCGCAGCGACACCCAAAACAGUGAGUCAAACAAAGGCAUGGCUUCUGACGAAAACCAAAAGAAGGCUCUGUUACUUUGGAAAGCAAACAGUAAUGGUAGCAUACCUUGCCCACGAAAGGAAAAGGAAGACUGCAGUUUUUCAUCUCUAGAUCUGAAAUGCUUGUUUCCAGAGAAGUUGCUCCCUGAAUUAGAAGAUAGAUCUGAGAAGGUCUUCUGGAGUGAAACAUUUGCAAAAGAACUAGGUAGAACAAGUGAGCUGUGCCCUUGUUUUGAUCACUCAGGCAAGAUAAGAAGUGACAGCAAGAAAUUACGUCAGGCUGCAAAUAGGGAGGACUCGAGUGAUAACUACUUAUACUGUCCGGUGGCCACUGAUAUCCAGGACGCUGACCUGUUGCACUUUCAGAUGCAUUGGGCAAAGGGCGAACCAGUUGUUGUUUCAGACACUCUUAAGCUAACUUCUGGUCUUAGCUGGGAGCCGAUGGUUAUGUGGCGGGCAGUACGAGAACGAACCAAAGGGAAGGCAGAAGAUGAGCAGUUUGCUGUGAGGGCAGUAGAUUGCCUCGACUGGUGUGAGGUGGAAAUUAACAUACACAUGUUUUUUAUGGGAUAUACAAGGGGCAGAACUCAUCCCAGGACCUACUGGCCUGAGAUGCUUAAGCUAAAGGACUGGCCCCCUUCUAGCUCAUUUGAUCAGCGAUUGCCUCGCCAUGGUGCUGAAUUUAUCAGUGCAUUGCCAUUUCCGGAGUAUACUGAUCCACGAUAUGGUCCGCUAAAUCUUGCAGUGAAGCUUCCUGGUGGUGUCCUGAAGCCAGAUCUUGGGCCAAAAACUUACAUUGCCUAUGGAUUUUCUGAAGAGUUGGGCAGGGGUGACUCUGUAACCAAACUUCACUGUGACAUGUCUGAUGCAGUAAACAUCUUAACACACACAGCGGAAGUGCCCUGUGAGACUUAUGAUGCUGUUCAGAUUAAAAACACGCAGAAAAAGAUGAAAAUGCAAGAUGACAUGGAAAUAUAUGGGAUGAUAGAAUCAGGCAGUGAACUCAAGCCAUCAGCAUGCCCAGUUGAAUUGGGGAACAAAGCUGUUGGUGAAGCACCAAAGGCCUCAUGCAGCAAAGAAAAUGUUCAUACCUUGAAAGACAAGUCUAAUGGUUUGGAUAUAAACGCUUCACCACCUGAUGAUGCUGGAGGUGAUGCCAGGGAUGAAGCAUUGUCCUAUGAAUCUGUGGUACAUAGUGAUGUAGCUCAGUGUCCAAACCAUAACCAUGAGACCAAUAAUUCUGAUGAUGCACGUAUUGGAGCUCAGAGAUGUCAAAAGAAAGCUAAAGGUCGUCCUCCGAAGACAGGUUCAGGGGUAUCAGAGCACCAGGAAAGUGGUGGUGCUUUGUGGGAUAUUUUCCGAAGAGAGGACUCUGAGAAAUUACAAGACUUCCUUAGGAAGCAUGCGCCAGAAUUUCGGCACAUCCACUGCAAUCCAGUGAAACAGGUUAUUCAUCCAAUUCAUGAUCAAGCUUUCUAUUUAACUGCGGAGCAUAAAAGAAAGCUGAAGGAAGAAUAUGGUGUUGAACCUUGGACCUUUGAACAAAAGCUUGGCGAAGCAGUUUUGAUUCCUGCCGGAUGUCCUCACCAAGUCAGGAAUUUGAAGUCCUGCAUCAAGGUUGCACUGGACUUUGUUUCCCCCGAGAAUGUUGGUGAGUGUGUUAGGCUGACCAAGGAAUUUAGACGACUUCCAUCUUCCCACAGGGCUAAAGAAGAUAAGCUAGAGAUCAAGAAGAUGGCUUUCCAUGCUCUGAAUGAAGUUCUAAACUUUCUGGAUCCUCCUUCCUCAGAAGGGUCGAAAGAAGCGGCGGAGAAGCCUCGAAGGGGGCGUGGUCGCCCAAGAAAACACUAGCUGCAACAAGUGAUGACUUGAUUUGCUGCGUCCGGCUCCCUCUCUGAUCAUCUUUUGUGGUGAUGAGUGGGCUAAAAUCGUUCAUGCAUUUUGGAGGAAGGGGAGGAAUCUUGUGCAUGUCAAAAUGUGGUAGCAAUAGCAUGAUCGAUGUAGGUAGGCUGCUAAUGCUAAUCAGUUAAUGGCUUGAUACUUUUCCUUUUGGCUUGAACAACUAACUAGCUGUCUGUCUGUCUGUUUGACUUGUGUUAAGUGGAUUCAGACAUGUAAUCUGGUCCAUGGUUUCAGCUGUAGCACAUGAUGUUCCAUGUCUGCUUUUUCAAGGUUGUUGUACCCCCAACGAAACGGAUGGGAUUGAUGGCCCUUUUGUUGGAUUCAGAUAUGGGUUAUAUACAAAUACUAGUUUCCUUGCAGCCUGAA